UUAAAAAACAGGGUGUUAUUUCUGUCCUUCUCACCUCAGCACAGAGUGUGACACUUAAUCUAAACAGGUGUGGCAGAUUAUUUUAAAAACAGGUUUGCUCAGCUACUGUGAUUCAUCUCGCAUUUAGUGAUUAAUUUAUUGCUUUAAGUCUCCAUUUAGUGCUUUAUAAGUCAAUAGCUUUAUAGGUCAAUAACUGGAGCUUGUUGUUUUACCUACUGGUACAUCCAGACAGUAAGGCAUUACAAUAAUCCAACCUUCAUUUAACAAAAGCCUGUUUGGAAGCACAACUUGUUUUACAGUUUCACCUUCGCUCUGGUGAAUCAAAUCAAGGAGCUAAAAUCAACCUCAUCAUCUGAGAAAAUGAGUGAAUCAUUCAUCAUUCCAGCGGCUGUAAUCGGCACAGGACUCAGCUUUGCCUUCUCUGUCUUUACUAAUAUUAAAUACCAGCAAUCAAAGGAAACAAUGAAGAAGAUUGAGAUCCCAAAUUUUAAGCCAGAUUAUCACCUGAGGAGAGAAGUCCAAAAGUCUGCCAAUAAAAGAAUGUAUGUGGCAGUGGAAGGUAAAGUUGAGCCACUUGCUGAAGCACUGAAGAGUAAAUUUGUGCCAGGGUGCUAUGGUGUCAUACAGAAAGUGACCAGCAGAGAGCAGCAGGACCCAAAGCCGGCUGAGGUGCCGUUCCGCCUGGUGGCAGAGAACACUGACGUGAGUAAUGUGUGGGUCCGUGUGAAGUCUCCACUGGAAGCGAAAGGUGAUUACCUACAGGAGGUGCACAGAGGUGUGGAGCAGAUGGACAACGAUGGCUCGACGUCGGCGAGUGGACAGAAAAUGCGGGAGGAGAUGCUGUGUGUUAAAUCAGUGAUAACAGGAAUUGGUGAUGUGGUGAUGGAGCAAGGGAGUGAUGAAAGGAUGGUACUGGAGUGUCCGAUAGAUGGCCGAGAGUUUUUCCUUUUCUCUGGAGGAUAUGACUCGGUAAAAAAGAGACAUAAACAAAAGUGCAUGUCACUGAAAGUGAUGUCAAUCACAGGGGCACUCACGGGAUGCUCCAUACUCGGCACGCUGAUUUACAACACGCUGAAAACCGAGGAGAAGAGGAAGUAGACUACACUGAAAAGUAGCCAAGGCUUUACCUCUCUCUCUCUCUCUCACACACACACACAGUAAAUAAGUGUGCUGUAGGUGUGUGUGUGUGUGUGUGAUAGUUAAUGUACUGAAUGUGUAACACACAAUAAGUUGUGUAAAUGGGUGCUGUGCUGUGUUCUGGACUAACAGCCUUCAUCAUUCUGUAAGGAAAGAUUCAUGCUGUUAUAGGAAAAUAAUCAACAACAGGAUGGUGUGAUGAAGUGGAGUUACUGUGAAGUUGAUUAUUUUCCUAUAACAGCACAUCCCCAAGUGUUUUAUUCCUCCAAUUUCUUAAAUUAAUUAGUUACAUUUAAUGUUCUGUGAAACACGUUAGUUCCUGCUGUCACUUACGUUAUAGCAGCUAUAAACACUCGUUCCCUCACCAGCCUCUUUAUUCUCUCUCUUCAAGUUAAUAAGACAAAAAAAAAAUCGCAGCUUGUUCUGCAUGUUACUGAGAAACCGCAAAGAAGCGUAAACUCCUCUGUCCUGAAGAUGUCGGAAAACUUAAAGUUACAGCUUUACCCCUGACACUGGAGACUCCUUCCAUACACGUUAAAUAAACAUCUCCUUACAGAUCAACGAUUAAACUCAUUUUUCAUGUUUAUUAUUAGCAGACUGUUCUCUGUACACGUCCCUGUGAAUGAGCUGUUGCUAUAGAAACGAUAACAUAUUAGAACGAGCGCAUUAACUAUAAAUAACCCUGUGAUUUGCAGCUGCACUACUGUCAGAGCUGCUGUUAUAGAGAAUUAAUCAAUGUUUUGUGUUGGGGAACUGGUGCAGGUGUGGGAUGUUUCCUUUAGCAGCUGGGUCACAAUGCACUAAUCAUCACUUACUGGUAUUUUCAUUGAGGAAAAUAAACUGUAAGGGAUUGAUCUGUAGUAAUAUUAAACUCUUUAUGAUUAAAGUAACUUUCAUAGUAAACUAUCUUUCAUAAUUAUACUCUAUAGAAAGGUGAACGAUUCGAUGCUUUUC